AUGGUGGAGAAGAACACAUACGAGCAUAGUGCAGACGAAAUGCCAACCGAGCGGAUCCCGACCUAUGAAGAGUCCGUGGCUACCCAUGCCAAUCCGACAUCGAUGGGAAGCUUAGGGAAGCAAUCGAGAUCAAUGCCCUCCAUGGUCCGGCAGGAACGGACUCGCCGAAUUGAACAGCUCAUCGUCAAUUCGAUCAUUCCAAUUUUCUCACUCAAGCUAUCCAGCGGCUGCUCGUAUUUGAGCAUAAUCAUCUUGCCAGCAGACUCUCCAUGCGCAAACGAGGAUGUGACAGAACGAAACAUUGUGACACCAGGUCCGCAGCCCCGGGAGUCACGAGCCGUUCUCACCCUCCAAGGGGAAGAUAACUGCUCGUCGUUCUGGACACAGAAUCCUGUGGUUCAAGAGUUGGAGUUUUUCUUACGUCAAGAGCUAUCUGAGGAGCCGAUGAGCUCGACUUCGCUUUUCGACAAUCACCUGCAAGUUGAAAUCCGAGGUCGGCCCACAGCUCCGUUGCCCCAACGACCUAAGCCCAAGUCGUGGUUGAAGCGAACCUUCGUACUUCCGGGGCCUGAUCACGAUCCGACGGGCGAGACCGGCAAGUGGAAUCUUGGCUGGCGAAGUCCAGACUCAACGAGUCAUCAGGACAGUGGUUGGAGGGCUAAAGAACGACGAAAAAAUGUACUAAGGGACGAGUUGGCUGUACACACUCGGUUGGAAGACGUAAGCUUUCGAACAGAGAGUGAGAUGGGUUUGCUUGAGACUAAUACUGUGAAAUGUCUCUGGAUCGAGAUUGAGCUCGGGGUAUAA